AUGAGCGAAGCCGCACCGACUUCCGUGGCGACUCCUCGCGAAAAGCAGAACAAUACGGCCGUUGCUGAUGCCGACGUUGGUGCCGCCGUCGCGGCCGAUUCGGCCUCGGACAAGUCGCAAGAUGGCGCCGUCCAGCUCUCCAAGGAGAUUGACAACAUGUCCAUGGCCCGGGUCACCGUCAUCUGGCUGUCCGUCGUCUGCGGCGUCAUGUGCACCUUCCUGGACGAGGGAAUCAUCGCGACGGCCAUUCCGCAAAUCACAGACGAGUUUCGCUCCCUGGGCGACGUCGGCUGGUACGGCUCGGCCUACCUCCUGACCCUCUGCGCCUUCCAGCUCGUCUACGGCCGGCUGUACAGCCAGUUUCCCAUCAAGGUCAUUUACCUCGCCUCGCUGGCCGUCUUCGAGACGGGGUCCUUGAUAUGCGCCGUCAGCAAAUCGUCGACGGCCUUCAUCGUCGGACGAUCCAUCUCCGGCCUCGGCGGCUCGGGACUCAUGAGCGGCACCAUUGCCCUCUUCGCGAGCGCCCUUCCCUCGAGCCGGUUGCCGCUCUACCUCGGCUCCGUCGGCGUCGUGUAUGGUCUAGCUUCGGUGCUGGGACCGGUGGUAGGAGGUUUGAUUACGAACAGCCACCUGACGUGGAGAUGGUGCUUCUACAUCAACCUGCCGCUCUCCGUGCCGCCGGCCAUCUGCACCGCCUUCUUCGUCAAAGUCCGACCGUCGGAAACGGUGGAUGCACGCUCGUGGAUGCGCAAGGCGCUGGCGCUGGACUAUCUCGGCAUGCUCCUGCUCGUGCCCAGCAUCACCUGCCUGAUACUGGCGCUGCAGCUCGGCGGUACCCAGUACGGCUGGGCCGACGGAAAAACGAUCGGCUGCUUCGUCGUCUUUGCCGUCCUGCUCGUCGCCUUCGUCACCGAGCAGUGGUGGAUGGACGAGAAGGCGCUGGUGCCGCCUCGCGUCUUUCGGAUGCGCGUCGUCUUCUCCGCCGCCAUGUUUGGUUUCUGCCUCGAGAGCGCCUUUCUCGUGCUUGUGUACUACAUUCCCCUGUGGUUUCAGGCCAUACAAGGCGUCACGGCGGAGCAGUCCGGCAUCCGCUACCUGCCCCUGUGCCUCGCCUUCAUCCUCGCCAUCUUCAGCAGCGGGUGGCUCGUGACCAAGCUCGGCUACUUCCAGCCCUUCAUGCUCGCCGGCACCGUCCUCGUGUCCCUCGGAUCCGGACUGCUGUCGACGCUCAGAGUCUCGUCGGGAUCGAACUUGUGGAUCCCCUUUCAGAUCAUCGCCGGCCUCGGCAUCGGCGCGUCGACCGAGCAGCCCAGCGUCGCCACCCAGAGCCUGCUGGCCGAGGCGGACGCGCCCAUCGGCGUCGCCGUCGUCCUCUUCUGCCAAAACCUGGGCCCGGCCACCUUCAUCAGCGUGGCCAACACCAUCUUUGCGCGAACGCUGUCGACCGAGAUCGAACGCCGUCUCCCGGGGCUCGACCCUGCCAUCAUCCGAGACUCGGGCGCCACCGCGCUGCACAGCAAGGUCGCUCCGGACGAGGUUGGCGUGCUGCUGGAGCUGUACAACGAAGCACUGACGCGGACCUUUCUCGUCGCCGCCGUCUUGGCUGCCGCCAGCAUCGUGGGCCUCGUCGGCAUCGGGAUGCAGAGGAUACCGACGAGCAAGGACGACGGUCCCGGCGACGAGGAGCCGGCGACGGCAGAGCCCAGCAGCACGGGUCCAGCGGAAAAAUGCGGGCAGUCGGAUGGCGAAGGCGCCAAGCAUUGA